UCGAGAGCGCAACGUGCAUCAUACACACGCCACGAAAGAUGGGUCAGGCAUUUCGUCGAGCAUCUGGAAGAUUCCAAGCUUCUUCAGCUGCCGAUACGACGUCGUCCAAAAAGACCGCCUUCGAUCGGCGGCCUCCACCUCCCGUCAAGCCGGAGACCACCAAAUCUGGUGGACAAGACGCACUGGACGCGGGUAGUCGUCCUACAAUUAAUGUUGACAACGUCUUGGAAGAAAGAGAUCCUAAAUUUGAUUCUAUGCUUGGUCAAAUGGCUGGUAGAAUCACAUCAAAGCCUGGUGGGAAACUUGAGAUGGGUGAGACUGUGGUACAGAAGUAUAAUAGGCCUAUGCCAAAAUUACGAAACACAAAACCAGACUCUGGCAGGUAUGAGGAAAGACCUGUUCCUUCAGGCACUUUAAAUGUGGCACAGUUACGGCAUGCCAUCCUCCUUCAUGAAGGCAAGGCUGAUGAUCACAAUGGACAGAUGGAUGUCCACCAGAUUGCUGAAAAAUUCCGGGUUGAUACCGUCCAGAUUCAAAAGAUCUUGCAGUUCCUAUCACUCCCACCUGUAGAUGUCAAUAAAGAAAAGAACAGGCCUUGAAGCUGAGUGACCUUAAGAUCACUACUAACACAGGGCAGCUCCAAUCAGAUUUGAAGGUUACAUGGGGUCUUACUCUUACCCUUUGGACAGUGGUUAUAAUCUAAUCUGCCACAGAAAAUCGAAUGUGAUACUGUGAAUCUGAGGUGUUUAUCGACUUAUAGGUCAGUUGUUGUUAUGUUGUUAUCGCAGAAAAGCCCAAGUACUCAAAUUUUGUUAGGAUGUUUCAAAAUCCAUACAGGUUUUUCAUAGUGAUGGACAUCUCUCAUCUAGGGGGAAGUUCCUAUGACUUUCAAACCAACGUUUGAUUUCCUGUUCGUUCAUUCUUGAGAUUUACAAUGCCAACAAAUCCUGGAUUUAAGAGCUGUGUUUUUAGGAAUAAGAAACGAUAGAAUUUUGCCUAGCAAUAUAUCAUAUGUGUUUGUAUGCUUUGUAUUUAUGUACAGAUUCUUGGACAAUUAGGCUUGCUUCUAAUAGGUUGAGCGUCCCUAUCCACUCACAUGCAAGGAUAGUUAAAGAUUCUCACUAGGACCAUAAUUGGGGUUUGUCACUGCAAAGCUCAUUAACUCUCUUAGUGGAAGAAAGAGGCCAUUUGAACAGACUCAUGCAGACACAUCGUCGUCGUUCUGGAGCUUUGGCCAAAAAGCUCCGUUCCUCUGCAUGAUUCAAGCACAGGACCUUUAGGCUAUGCAUUUUCCUACUUAGUUCGGUGUUUGCUUCUAUAAUCUGGUUUCCGUUUUUGUAUCGGCAUCUCAGUCACCGCCUUUCUCGUUUGUGCCAUGUCACUCAAGCUGUCAAUUACAUUUCAGCAGCUUUUCAAAAACCCUAAGGGACGCCACACAGUUAUCAAUGCUUGGAGAAGCAGCACAACACUGGCUCAAUAAAGAAGAUAUUGGCAUCGGCAUAUCAUAGCUACUGAAACUGAACUUCAAUACGUUGCAUGGUUUUAGACGGCAGCCCGGAUGUUGCUUUCUUUGUUUUUUUAAUUAUUUGACUAACUUGGUCAGAUUCUGGGUAUUGAGACCCAGUUCGUGAUGUUGGUUUUAUCUACAAAUUGUGUGUGCAUGCUAGUUUUCAUUAGAAUACUAGCUUGGUUUCGCCUGUUCUUAUAUACUCAGUUUAUUA